UGUAAAGAGUAAGAGAUGGGGUAUUUCCACAGGCUGAAAUCGAGCUGUCACAAGCUCUGCCCUGAGAGGACGUUUGAGGACAGGUUUUUAAUGAGGUGUGCUCGAUGUGACGAUUACUGCGAGUCCUGCGAUGCCUCUGAAUGUUACCUGUGUGAGGAAGGCUUCUUCCUGUCAGAUGGAAAGUGUGUAGAAAGCUGUAAGGAGGGAUUCUAUGGUGACGUGAAGCAGGAGUGUGAGCCGUGUCACCGCACGUGUCGAUCAUGUGGCGGUCCGGACAAUAACGACUGUGAUUCCUGCGAAGAUGACAUGUUUCUAGACAAGGGUCAAUGCAUCAGCAAGAGCGAGAUCAAGUGUCCCGACGGAAAGUUCCUAAACGGUCAGGGUGAGUGUGAGCAGUGUGACUCCUCCUGCAGGACGUGUUCAGGGCCAGGGGAAGACCAGUGUGACUCCUGUCAGAAAGACAUGUUUCUCACCAACAGCCAGAGGUGUGUGUCCGAUUGUCCACGUGAGACUCAUGGGAACCGGACGAGUGGACGCUGUGAAGACUGUUCAGCAGGCUGUUUGGUGUGUCAGGACUCACAUCACUGUGUGAAAUGCAAAGGAAGCUUUGGUCCGCUCUACUUGCAGGACGGCAAAUGUGUUGCUGAGUGUAAAAGGGGUUACCCAGAGGCCGAUGUUUGUCACAGUUGUGCCGUGGGAUGUGCUUCCUGUGAGGGGGGAGCCGAUAUUUGUCAGAGCUGUGAGGAAGACUAUGUGCGUUUCAAACACACCUGUAUGCAUCAGUGCCCUUCCAGGCACUUUGUUAAAGAUGGAGUAUGUGAGCUCUGUCCAAACGGUUGCGCCGAAUGUGACCAAACGAGCAAAUGCAGUGCAUGUGGAGAGUACUACUUCCUGCAUGAGGAUCAAUGUCUGGGUGACUGUCCCAAGGGCUACUUCACAAACACUGAGCAGAAGCGCUGUAUGCUGUGUCACAGUGACUGUGCAGAAUGUAAUGGACCUGAUGACGAUGACUGCACCUCCUGUGGGAAUUAUGGAGAUGUUCGUCACAACGGAAAGUGUCUGAUCCGAUGCCCGCCAGAAACAUACCUGGACGGAGCAGAGUGUCGAGAGUGUGAUAAAUCCUGCCUGACGUGCUCGGGUCCUCAUCCAUCCUCCUGCCUCACCUGCAGAGACAACAUGAAGAAGGAUGUGAACGGCCACUGCCAGUUCUUCAGUGACUGCUCUCUGCACACGUUCGCCGAUACGGACGGCCAGUGCAAGUCCUGUCACAAGAGUUGUCUCCGCUGCUCGGGCGCCGGCAAAGAGCUGUGCCUCAGCUGCAACCCCAAACACUUCCUGUUCAAUCAGAUGUGUGUGUCCACGUGUCCGGAUGGUUACUAUGUGGACGAGGACAAGCAGGAGUGUGUUCAGUGUCAUGUGAACUGUGCGUCAUGCCGUGGACAUCACAGUAAUGACUGUAUAUCCUGUAAACCAGGUCUGCUUCUGCUCGGACACAGCUGCUUCUCCACCUGCCCACCAAGUUACUUUGUGAACGCCACUAGCAGAGCAUGUCAAGAGUGUGACCACACGUGUGAGGAAUGCUCAGGAAGCAGCCGCUUCUGUCUCAGCUGUAGAGAUGGAUACUUCCUGAUGAGAAAGUCCGGACAGUGUCUGCGUACAUGCCCGUCAAACUACUUCCUUCACACCUUCGACGGAGACUGCCAGAGAUGCCACCCCACCUGUAAAACAUGCAAGGGCUCUGGUGCGGUCUCCUGUACAUCAUGUUACGACGGUUUCGAAAUGUAUGGAGGAAUCUGCUCGUCUUUGUGUCUAAUUGGGGAAUAUCCCAUCACUGUGAAUAACUCAUGUGCGAAAUGUGACCCAUCCUGUGAAGAAUGUAAAGGCCCGGGACCCUACAGCUGCAUCUCGUGCCCGGUUCUACAGCGCCUCACAGAGGAUGGGAGGUGUCUUCACUGCUGUGGAGAAAAGAACACAGGCAAGGAUUCCUCAAGAUUCCACUCGGAAUGCUGCCAGUGCCAGGCACUCAAUGAUGAAUGCAUUGUCGCACUGAGCUACAACCUCUUCAGUAACGAUCAUGUGACUUCGGUUCAUCCUGGCCUUUUUGUUUUCACUGUCAUAUUUGUGCUGGUGAGCUUGUGGCUCGCCAUUUUUCUCUUCCUGCAUUUUCGGCAGAAGAUCACCUCAAAACCCAUCGUCAAAUUGAACGGCUACACCAAAAUCACAGAUGACCCCUUCACCUCUGCGACCCUGAGGGACAGCAUGCCGAUGGAUUAUUGCGAUAAAGAAAAGGGCCAAGAGGAAGAUGAGGAUGAGGAUGAGGACAUCGUUUACAUGGGGAUGGACGGGAUAGUGUAUCGAAAGUUUAAAUACAGCCUGUUGGAGGGGGAUGAGGAAGAGGAGGUGGUGGAGCUGGAAUAUGAUGAUAUGUAUACUUUCACAUAAAACAUUAAAAGCUUGUUUGUUUUUCUUUGAUAUGUGCAUAUAAUUGUUAUUUAUUAACAUUUUGACUUGCAGAAACCCACUAAGCUUCACCAAUCAACAAUUAAAGAAAGUUCAUCCAAA